AUGGAGGAGGAAGAGGAUGAGGAUGCUGCGUUGCAGUACAUGAUAGAGCAGAGUCUGCUGGAGGGCCACAAGCAGAGAGAAACCAACCAAGAGUCUGGCAGAGGAGACAGCAGCAGGUCAACGGCAGACUGCCAGCAUAGCAACAAGAUCUUCACUGCUAUAAGACAAGGUAAUGAGAAGGUCCUGAGGGAGAUGUGCGCUAAAGAGACAGACAGGUUUUUAGACACAGACAGCAGAGGUUGGAUUCCUCUCCAUGAAGCUGCAGCUCAGACCCACCACACCAUCCUGGAGCUCACGUUCAAAGCCACAGGCCGAGGCAGUGCAGAGUGUCGUACUCUUUGCGGCAAGACUCCUCUGUUUCUGGCAGUAGAAAAGGGCCUGAUAGAAAACGCCUCCUUCCUCCUCCAACAUGGAGCGCAGCCGGAUACCCAGGACCAAGAGGAGGACGCACCGCUGUUUGAAGCCAUCCGUUCAGACCGCAGCGACGUGGUGAAGCUGCUGCUGUCUUGGGGCUCCAGGGUGAACCAGCCGGGCUGCCACGGUCGCCGCCCGCUGCACGAGGCCUCCCGGCUGGGCAAGACGCAGCUGGUGACCCUGCUGCUGGAGGCUGGAGCCCACCCGGACCCCCGCAGCAACUACGGCCUCACCCCGCUGGCUCUGGCUGCACAGGGAGGAUACCUGGAGGUGGUCAACACGCUACUGAGAAGAGGGGCGGACGUGCUGUCCCAGGCGCAGGACGAGGCCACCGUCCUGUACGAGGCGUCGGCGUCCGGAGAUCCAGCCGUCAUCGACCUGCUGCUGGAAUACGGAGCCGACGCCAACGUGGCCAAACACACGGGACACCUGCCCAUCCACCGCGUCGCGCACCGCGGAUACCUGCAAGCUCUAGAGCUGCUGAUCCCAGUCACGUCUAUGGAGGCUAUAAACGACAGCGGGAUGAGUCCUCUACACUCGGCUGCUGCAGGUGGACACACACACUGCAUACAGGCCUUGCUGAAAGCAGGAUACGACCCUAACUACAUGCUGCACCCCUGGAUUCGCCGUAACUAUGACGACGAGAGGAAGUCGGCGCUGUUCUUCGCCGUCUCCAAUAACGACAUGUCAUCAGUCAAGCUGCUGCUGGAGGCCGGAGCCAUGGCCAACCAGGACCCGGUCAAAUGUCUGCAGGUGGCGCUGCGCAUGGGCAAUUAUGACUUGAUCAACCUGUUACUGAGGUUUGGAGCCAAUGUCAACUACUACUGCAGAGUCAACACAACACACUUCCCCUCCGCCCUGCAGUACGCUCUCAAAGACGAGGUGGUGCUGAGGAUGUUGUGUAACUACGGUUACGACGUGAAGCGCUGCUUCGACUGUCCCUAUGGCAACCGCUCCCAUAUCCCUGACAACUACGAGGGAUGGACUAACACUGUCAUCAAAGACACUAUGUUCUGCGAGGUGAUCACGGUCUCCUGGCUCAGCCACAUCUCCGGCCACGUGGUCCGGGUCCUGCUGGACUACGUGGACCAUGUGACCUUGUGCUCCAAGCUGAAGCCUGUUCUGAUGGAGCAGAAGCAGUGGCCCGACAUCUGCAGGCUGCAAGAAAACGUCCGCUGUCUGCAGCAUCUCUGUCGUCUGCAGAUCCGUCGCUGCCUGGGUCGUCUUCGUCUUCGAGCACCCGUCUUCAUGAGCUUCCUGCCGUUGCCGGGGCGACUGAAGGACUACAUCCUGUACCGGGAGUACGACCUGUAUGGUGAGCAGAGCGGCAGCCCGGGGUGA